GGAGGAGGAGGAGGAAGAGCGGGUCCGGGCAGCCCCCACGCCGCCCCAUGGCUGGCUGCCGGUGCCGGUACGGUGCCGGAGGGAUCGGGGCGCUGCCGCCUCGGAGCCGCAGGACUCGGCCAAGGUCAUGGCUGGCUGCAGGGAAGGUCCCCAGCUGGUGUCCGGAGGAAUGCCAGCGCAGCGGGAGACAUGUCGCCCUGCACCCUCACCCUUCUCCUCCUCCUCCUGACGCGGCGCCCGACGUGCUGACCUUCCCCGAGCCUGGCCAUGGCCUCCGGCGGCAGAAGAGAGACUGGGUCAUCCCCCCCAUCAACUGCCCUGAGAACGACCGGGGGCCCUUCCCCAAGCAGCUGGUGCAGAUCAAAUCCAACAAGGACAAGGAGACCAAGGUUUUCUACAGCAUCACGGGGCAGGGGGCAGACAGCUACCCCGUGGGCGUCUUCACCAUUGAGCGGGAGACGGGGUGGCUGAAAGUGACGAAGCCACUGGACCGGGAGGAGAUCGACAGAUACAUCCUCUUCUCCCACGCCGUGUCAGCCAACGGGCAGUCCGUGGAAGACCCCAUGGAGAUCAUCAUCACCGUGAAGGACCAGAAUGACAACCGGCCUGUCUUCACUGAGGCAGUCUUCCAUGGCACCGUGCUGGAGGGGGCUGAGCCAGGCACCCCCGUGCUGCAGGUGCUGGCCACAGACGCGGACGACGCGGUGAGCUCCACCAACGGGGUUGUGGUCUACUCCAUCCAGCGCCAGCAGCCGGACCAUCCCCAACCCCACAUGUUUGCCAUCAACAGCAGCACCGGGGUGAUCUCUGUGGCUGCAGCGGGGCUGGUGGCACAGAUGGUUCCCGAAUAUACCCUGGAGAUCCAGGCGGCUGACAUGGAAGGGUAUGGGCUGUCGGCCACUGCCACCGCCCUCAUCAAAGUGAAGGCCGAAGGCAUGUCCGAGAUGGUGAAUGGCUCCCUGACCACCCACGUGCUGAACACAGUCACGGGGCUGCCGGCAUCCAGCCUUACCGUCAGCCUGGCCCAGCUGCAGGAGCCAGGGCCGCAGUGGACGGAGCUGGCGCGGAGGUGGACGGACCACGACGGGCGCUGCCCACCCUUCCUGGCUCUGGGGCAGGCCAAGGCUGGCACCUACAAGCUGCGCUUUGAGACGGCAGCGUACUGGCAGGGCCUGGGGCACACCAGCUUCUACCCCUUCGUGGAGGUCGUCUUCACCAUCACUGACCCGGCCCAGAAGCUGCACAUCCCACUGCUGAUCAGCCCCUACUCCUACACUACCUACCGCGGCAGUUAGGGGAACGGCACGUCCUCCCCACCGAGGGAUGCAGGUCAGAGCGGGGGGAACUCUGCCACCGACACCAUUAAAGGCUUCAAACAGCA